UCCUUCCCUCUCCUAGCUGCCCGCCCGCCCGCCAUGGCGACCGGUAGCGGCGGCGCGAACGCGCUCAACCUCAACGCCGUGAGGGAGACCAUGGAUGUUCUGCUUGAGAUUUCAAGGAUAUUGAAUACUGGCUUGGAUAUGGAAACUCUUUCUAUCUGUGUCCGACUCUGUGAACAAGGAAUAAACCCAGAGGCCUUGUCCUCUGUUAUUAAAGAACUUCGAAAGGCUACAGAAGCAUUAAAGGCUGCUGAAAAUAUGACCAGCUGACUCUUUCAAGAAAAGAUCUUUAAGUGAGAGAAGUACUAAGCCCCAGAAAGGGUUUUGAAGAUUUGCAUGCAUCAGAAAAAGAGAAUGAGACCACUGUUUGCGGCAAUGUAGAACUGUUUCGUUUUUUUAUAUGUAUAAAGAACGAUACAAAGUUUUAAGAAAAGAAUAAGUAUGCAAGAUGGAUUUUUGAGAAUCAUUAAAUGACCCUUUCACAUCUUUUUAAAAUUGGAAAUAGCAUGUUAUACAUGUGCUCCUUAUUUAUGUAUGAAUGCUUUAAUUUUAUAAGCUAUCCGCUUAUCAAAUGCUGCACAUCUGUUGAGCCCAGUAGAAAGUAUUGUGGAACACAUCAAAAUCUGAUCUAGUAGCUAUGAGUCAUUGGCAUUUCCAUUAUAAACUCUAAUUUUGACUGGUUCAUGCAUAAUAACUUGGCAUCUUUACUCUGCAUUGGGCUGAUAAGUUGACAAUUUCAGAUGCAGCUUGUGUGAAUUUUGAUUUAAAUCAGUUGUGUUUGUCUGAAAAGUCAUUUGUUUUUUACAAGGGCUUGGAAAAAGCAUGGUUUAUAGUCUCUUUGCACGCAGGACUGAAAGAAUUAGUUUUAGAACAAUUUCCGUUUAGGUGGCAGUUAAUGGUGUGAAAAUGGAUCACAUGCUUGUAUUGAAAAAUAAAACUUUUGGAAACAGUGUCUUAGACUAUUAAAGGAAAAUCCAGGCAUAUCAUUAGUGUCAUCCUACAUUUCAUAUCCCAUGAGGAUAUUUAUUUUAGUAAUGUUUUGCCUUCUAUAAAUAUAGCCUUGGGGGAAAAAUGGGGUGGGCCAAAAUUCUAAAUCGUUCCAUUUAUUUAGAGGAGAUUGAUUAAAGGAGAGAGGUGGAAUUUUCACAUCAGUGAGAUUAAAUACUAAAAGUGAGGCAAACAUCAAAAAAAUCACUAAUCUGUUCCUUCCUAAAAACAUUUGAGUUCAUGAUUUGCAUCCCCCCAAAAUCAUUUAAUCUUAUCAGUUCAACAUAAAGGCAUUUUGAAAUGUCUAGGCCUGGAAAAAGGAAAAGAAAUAAGCCACACAUCACAAAAAAACUAAUUUGAAUUUAAUAUUAGAAAACUCACUGAAUCCAUUACUUUGAUUUUGGAAAGUCAACAGAAGGUGUUUACAUAUGACACGGAGUGGGAGCUUCUUUGCAUUUCUAGACUGUGAGCCCAUUGUUGGGUAGGGACUCUCUCUGUAUGUUGCCAACUUGUACUUCCCAAGUGCUUAGUGCAGUGCUGUGCACACAGUGCUCAAUAAAUACGAUUGAAUGAAUGAAUGUGUUAGGGUAAACUGAAAUGGUUUUAAAUUGAGUAAGGAAGACCUACUCCCUUCACCCUUGAUUCAUUCAUUCAAUCGUAUUUGUUGAGCGCUUACUGUGUGCAGAGCACUGUACUAAGCACUUGGGAAGUACAAAUCGGCAACAUAUAGGGACGGUCCCUAUCCAACAACGGGUUUUAACUAUGGAUUCUAAUUAUUUUGCCAUUUUUUCUUUCCAAUGCAGUUAGAAUUUGUAUUAAUCUUACUGUAAGCCCUGGAGGCUUAGCACAAAGGGGGCAACCAUAUCUGAGCCCUAUUUCUAAGAUAAUCAUAAGAAACUAAUCGGUGGUACGUUGCCUCUCGGGUCCAUAAGGGACUAUAGCAGUUCCGGGGCCCAAGUACAGUACUCUUUGUUCACUGUAUAAAAUUUAUGUUGCAUUUAAGUGAAGGAUGUUUGUCAUCUAUCCCUUGGACCGUAAAGUAAAAAGGAAUCCAUUACGUUCGCGUUAAAUCAUUAUGCAAUGGGGGAAAGGCUUGGUAUUCAGUUUUAUUUCUAUGACUCUGUCAUAUCUAAGUAAUUUAUAAUGUAGCAGAAGAGUGUUCGCAGUGGGCUUCCUGAAUGAUACAUUUAUGAAAUAUAAACAUAUUUUUAAUGCGAACUUAUAGUAAUCGUUGAAAGUUAAUAUCUGAUGAGGAUAUUUAUUUUAGUGAUGUUUUGCCUAAGAAUAUGAACCACACAUUUGCCGUGAAAUUGCAGACUUGUGUACUUAUCCAUGAAAUAAUAAAAUAUUUCAUUGUCUUUAAA